AUGAAAAGAUUCCUCAACACUUCAUUGCUGCCAUCAUCAAGAUCAACUCCUCGAAAUGUAAAAGGUAUUAACAUGUCAAAAUCCAAUACAUUAAAAUCUUGUAAAAAACACUUCAUAGAAACUUAUAAUCCUUUCAAUGUCAAGUCAACAAUAACACGAUCAUUUUCCAUCAAUCAAUUGAAUAGAUUUAGUCAACAGAAUAAUUUUCCGAGAACAACCUUUAUCACUAUUCGUACAACUUGUGCCUUGUGUGGACAUGAAGGCCAAUUUGAUCAAGUUACUUCAACAAGUUCAUUUGGGAAUUGUGAUUUAGAUAUGAGACCAGCUCCUUUGGCAAGACAUACAUUGGUGGAUGAGGUUCAGGAGUGUGAGUCGUGUGGUUUCGUCAAUCAAUCCGUUGGAAAAUGUGAAAAUAUUGAGGAAAUGAAAAAUAUUGUCAAGUCUGACAAGUAUCAAGAAGCAUUGAAAGACGAUAAUAGCUUCCUUCUUUAUGCAUUAAUCAAAGAAGAGGAGCAGAAUUACCUUGCAUGUGCAUGGAGUUAUGUAAAAUCAGCUUGGAUUUUUGAUGAUAGAAAUGAGAAUGAUAAGGCAUCUAUUUCAAGAAGGAGAGCCAUUGAAUUCUUUGAAAAGAGUACAACUUGCCUAACUUUGGAGCAAAAGAUGCUUAUUGUUGACCUUUAUCGAAGAACUUCUCAAUUUGAUAAGGCCUCCAAUCUUGCAAAUGAUUUGUUGAAAAAUGAAAAAAUUGAUAGCAAAUUUCUAAUUGGAAUUUUGGAAUAUCAAAAGGAUUUAUGUAGAUAUAAGGAUGUGGAUUGUCAUGUUUCUCCUGAUGAAAAUAAGAUUUUCUUUCGUUAA